AUGGCGCAGAGUCUCGAUGCCAGACCAACGGUGGUGGACUUUCGCGAGGACAGCUCGUGGGUGCAGCUGGCCAAAGCCCACUGGUUGGAUACAAAAGUCCGCAAGGCGAAACCAGAUGUGAUCAAACAGCAAUUGUGGGAUCCACUAGAGAAAGAGAACUUCAACAGUCGCACCCUUCUGAUCUUGGAGAACCUUAAUAUCUUGGAGAAAUUUCUCUGGCCGACGUACACUGAAGAUGCUUCGAACCACCAUGUUCUGCUGAUCGCACUUAUCGUGAGCGUGAAAUAUCGCGAGCAUUUACCGAUCUGGGACAUCUUCUCCGACCGCAGCGAUGACUUCUCAAGCCUCUUCCACCGUAUUCUUUCCAUGAGCAUCGAUCCCUCACUAGCUACCCAUUCGCGCAUGUCCAUAAUCUCGUUCAUCAUUGGCGCCUUCCAGUCGCUGGAUAACGUACUGAUCCGAAAAGAAUGUGCCCCACUCGUCUCGAUCUCGACUUGGCACAACCUGGCCAGUGAUGAAGCCAGAGAGCGCGUCAUUGCGAAGUCCCCGGCUUUGAAGAAGGCAUGGAGAGCCGCAGGGAAGCGAUAUGAUGCUGGUGAUGAGGCUGCUAAGGCUAAGAGUCGUUUCGAACGGUCUUGGCUAUAUACCAUGCUACUGGACUUUCUGCAGAAGCUGAAUGGCCCGGAGCAGCACCAAAACGAGGAUUUACUGUACUGUGAGCGGUUCUUGGAGCUACUUGUAGAUUUGUUGAGUCAGCUUCCAACUCGUCGCUACGUCAAUACACUCCUCAAAGACCUCAAUCUUUUACCGGUUAUCCGCCUAUCGCAUUUGUACCGCAACCCGGAAAACGCUCUUUUCCGCGACUUUUACAGCCUCGUCAAACAUUUCGUCGAUUUUGCUAUUGACGAUCACUCAGGCGAUGCUCUUUCUCCACAGGCAGUCUACGAUCUGCACAGCAAGCAGCUGGCGCAGUUACAGCGAACAUCUAUGAAGUAUUUCAAAGACAAGCUCAUGAUCCUUGCCCUUUCCAAUCUUGGCUCUAUUGAACAACGAUCUGAACUCGAAGGGCAACUCUCACCUUUGGAUGAGUCGGAGCUGCAGAGCCUAUGCUCUCACCUAGGGUUUCGAACAAACUACCCGAAGUCCUCAAACGUGACACCAAGCCACCAACUGUAUCUGGAAGUCCUUCUGUCUUUCUACGAACGGAAGCUAGCUUUCCAAGAAGUUGCAUCGCAAUUGAGUGUGAUCCCCACCGAGGAGAGCCUCUACGAUCCAGCUUUGUUAAGGAACGAGACCUAUGAUGGAUCCCGGCCCCUGGCAAUUCCUAAAUUGAAUCUGCAGUACUUGAGUCUUGGAGACUUCCUUUGGAGGUCUUUCCUCCUUUAUCGGUCCGAGGCUUUCUUUCAAAUUCGCAAGGAUAUGGAGGCUGUCGUUAAGCGCAUGCAGCCUCGGGCGAACCGCAAUGGCACCUUGAACUUCGAGGGGUUCUCUCGAAUGGCAAUCCCGAUUUCUAAGCCCGCCGUUAUCGAAGUUGCCCCUGCAAAGGUAGGUUCAUCAAAUCCAUCAUUCGUUCGCGCGGAAAUCGCAAUCGAGGUUGGAAGACUUGCAGAUCAUAUUCGAAAAGAAUGGGAAUCCCUUCGUCCAGAUGACGUAGUCUAUCUACUGGCCGUUCAGACAUCAUCUCCCACGCAGUUGGGUAUCCGCGAUGAUACCGCGGAAGCACCUUGUAUGACCCAUCUCCGCACGGCAGAGAUUGUGCAGGUGCUCGACGAGCAAGGUCGCGCUCUGCGACAACCAGCUGGUGGCCAAACAAAUGGGUAUAACUCUCGCCCACGAGUACGAAAACUUCUCGUCAAUCUGGAUGCGGCAGCAUUCAAGGCUGACAAGGAUCGCCAAUUGACAGGCAAGCCGGAUAUAUAUCCUUUAAUCAAUGUGGUCGCCAGGAGAAAGGGCAGGGAGAACAAUUUCAAGUCGAUCUUGCAGACAAUGCAAAAGCUAAUUGUCUCGGAUAUGAGCCUUCCUUCCUGGUUUCAAGAUAUCUUCCUCGGUUACGGUGAUCCGGCAGGGGCCAAAUACACCAAUCUGCCGAACCGACUUCAAUCCGUUGAUUUCCGUGAUACCUUCUUGGACUGGUCCCACUUAGUGGAAAGCUAUCCUGGCAAGAAUAUUGAGCCUUCGGGGGCUGAAAACUCUAGCUUCGGCCCUCCCUAUGUCCUCGAGAACGUUGAGGCUGAGACGACUGCGGCCCCUGCGGCUCCAGCAAAGAAGCGCAGACGCGAACAAACCGAACAGGCGGAGGAAGGUCCCACCACCGUCCGUGUGUCAACCUACAAGCCACCAAACCCUGGCCCUUACCCCGUCGACGCACCUAAGCAUAACACUGUGAGGUUCACACCUGCUCAGGUCGAGGCGGUUGCGUCCGGUACUCAACCGGGACUAACUGUCAUCGUGGGGCCACCUGGCACUGGCAAGACAGACGUUGCAACUCAAAUAAUCAAUAACCUAUACCACAACUUCCCCGCUGAACGCACACUUCUCAUUGCCCACAGCAAUCAGGCACUUAAUCAACUCUUCCAGAAAAUCAUUGCGCUUGACAUUGAUGAACGCCACCUGUUACGAUUGGGUCACGGAGAGGAGGAGCUGAACACCAAUUCCAACUACAGUAAAUAUGGUCGGGUCGAAUCAUUCCUCGAUAACCGCAACAACUAUCUGUCAGAGGUUAUGCGGUUAGCAGCGUCGAUCAGUGCUGAAGGUGCCCACGGAAAUUCAUGUGAAACGGCUGGCUAUUUCAAUACGGUUUAUGUUCAACCUGCAUGGGCUAAGUUCUGGGACAGUGUUAACUCCGAAGAAACUUCCACGGAGGACAUUGUCGCAUCAUUCCCAUUCCACACAUAUUUCUCAAAUGCCACUCGGCCUUUAUUUGAGGCUGAUUCAUCCAAAGAGACAGCGUUGGAUGUCGCUGCAGGCUGCCAGAGACACAUUGAUCGAAUCUUUUCCGAGCUUGAAGAUAUUCGACCCUUUGAGAUUCUUCGACAGCCUCGAGACAAGGCCAACUAUCUUCUUCUGAAGGAAGCCCGCGUUAUUGCCAUGACCUCAACACACGCGGCAAUGCGCCGACAGGAAAUUGCAGACCUGGGCUUCCAUUAUGACAAUGUUGUUAUGGAAGAAGCUGCGCAGAUCACUGAAAUCGAGAGUUUCAUUCCAACUGCCCUUCAAGGCAUGAAGAAUGGUGAACUAGCUCUCAAGCGCGUCGUGCUUUGCGGAGACCAUCUGCAGAACUCACCCGUUAUUCAAAAUCUUGCUUUCAGACAAUAUGCACACUUUGAACAGAGUCUCUUCCUCCGCUUGGCCCGCUUAGGAGUCCCUGUGAUCACUUUAGACAAGCAAGGUCGAUCUCGGCCUAGCAUUGCAGAGCUCUUCCGUUGGCGUUACCAGGAGCUGGGUGAUCUUCCGUCAGUCGAGAUGGCAGAGGAGUUUAAAUCGGCUAAUGCAGGCUUCCAAUUCGAUUAUCAGUUCAUUAAUGUCCCUGAUUAUCAAGGCACCGGUGAGCGUGAGCCUACUCCUCACUUCGUCCAAAAUCUGGGUGAAGCAGAGUAUGCCGUUGCUUUGUAUCAGUACAUGCGAUUGCUGGGCUACCCAGCGGCUAAAAUAUCGAUACUGGCCGCAUAUGCAGGACAAACUGCGUUGAUUCGGGAUGUACUGAACCAUCGCUGUGGCAAGAACCAUCUGUUUGGUCUUCCAAAGAUUGUGACUACUGUGGAUCGAUACCAAGGAGAGCAGAAUGAUUAUGUUAUCCUCUCCCUCACUCGUACCCGUACUGUUGGCUACCUACGUGAUGUUCGUCGUCUGACUGUGGCCCUGUCACGUGCUCGUCUGGGUCUUUACAUUCUCGGUCGCCGGGAAGUAUUCGAAGGUUGCUACGAGCUUAAGCCAGCGUUUGAUCGCCUUCUGCAGCGCCCAGAUAAGUUAAUGCUUGCUCCGGGUGAAAUGUUCCCUACUACUCGAGCGCUGGACGCUGACGUCGAGGGCACUCCAAUGGAAGGACUUGAGCAUCUUGGCCAGUACGUCUUUGAGAUGACACAGGCCAAGGUGAAGGCAUUGGGUGACGGGCAGAUGGUUCUGGAUGGUGCUACUCCCGGUGGUGAAGAUGCUGCUCUAGACGAAGAUGAGGUCAUGGGAGGUGCCGAUGAAGAUGAGGAUAGCGAUAUUGUAUGA